CUUCCGAAAAAAAGGAAGAAACACAGAAAAGCUAAAGCUUCGGGUUCGGAAGGGCAUUAUGUAUUGACAUCUCUCUCUCUCUCUUUCUCCUUUCCUUUUUCUCCCAUAUGGCCAAUAUGGAACCAAGCAGCUUCUCUUUGGCCAUCUCUUCUUCUUCUUGAAGCUGCUUCUUCCUUCUCCUUCUCCUUCUUCUUGAUUCUUCUUCUUGAUUCUCUUUAUUCGUUUUCAAUAUGGCUCAGUCUUGUCUUAAGAUUGUUCGGAUCAACAAUCUAAGGAACAGAGUGAAUCGUCGGAUAUUGAUUCUCCGACGAUUCACUCGUUUGUUAUGGAGUAGGAUCGUCGCUUGUACCCCUGGUAAAUCCAGGAGAUACUUGUUGCUUUCUCGCGCUCUUCCAUCUCCGAAUGUUUCUCGUCCUUCUCUUUCUCCUCCUCAGAUCCCCGCCGUGGAUGUCGUCGUCGUCGGUGGUGGUGGUGUUGGUGGUGAGCUUGUUCGUCGAUCUUCCGUGGUGUACGAGCAACACGAUAAGGGUCAUAGGAGAUCGGAUUCUGAUCUUGUUUCUUUAAAGAUUAGUCUCUUAGGAGAUCCAGAAAUCGGAAAAACUAGCUUCCUGGCGAAAUAUGUUGGUGAAGAGAAAGAAGUAGUAGAAAUGAGAGAAUUGGAGCAAGGGAUCAAUUGUACGGACAAGACGUUAUACAUGGGAGAGGCUCGCAUUUCAUAUAGUAUUUGGGAAUUAGAAGGGGCUGAGAGAUCAAGAGAUCAGAUCCCAGUGGCUUGCAAGGAUUCUGUAGCGAUUCUCUUUAUGUUUGAUCUAACCAGUCGUUGCACGCUUAAUAGUGUGAUUAGCUGGUAUCAACAAGCUAGGAAGUCUAAUCAGACGGCGAUUCCAGUUAUGGUAGGAACCAAGUUUGAUGAGUUUAUUCAGCUUCCUAUUGAUCUACAAUGGACUAUUGCUAGCCAGGCGAGAACAUACGCGAAGGCGCUAAACGCGACGCUCUUCUUCUCGAGUGCUUCUUAUAACAUAAACGUGAAUAAGAUCUUUAAGUUUGUGACGGCGAAGCUCUUUGAUUUACCGUGGACAGUGGAGCGCAACCUCACUAUCGGAGAACCAAUCAUCGACUUCUAGAAUCUUAUCCAAAACGUAUUUGUAUAUAGAUAUAAAAGAAGCGAAUCCGAAAGAAACCUUUUCAUUUUUUUUUCAUUCACCGCCAAGCUUGCCGCCGUGGGACUGAUCGGACCACCGUUUCUAAGUCGUAUUUAAAGCGAAAUGGAGGGAUGAGGCGGCGGAGAUUUCGCCCGCUUUCUCCAUUAUUAUCUGUUUUUUUUUUAGUUAAAAAAAAAACAGAGAGAUAAAUGGUUUCGAGAGGUAGAAAAAAACAAGAAAAAAAAAACAUGCAAAAGAGGAGAUGGUGAAAAUGUAUUUUCUUUUAUGUCUUUUCGUUUUGUAAUUUUUUCACUUUCGAUGGUCGCUGGAGAUUUUUGGUUCCGGUAAAUUCUAAAGAGUAAAUACCAUUUCGCUUUUGAGUAUUA